AUGAGGUUAACUACAGCACCUGUUCUUGCCUUGCCAUCUGGCACCAAAGGAUUUGUGAUCUAUAGUGAUGCUUCUUACAAAGGGUUGGGUUGUAUACUUAUGCAGAAUGGAAGGGUCAUCGCAUAUGCCUCACAACAACUUAAACCUCAUGAAAAGAACUAUCCCACGCAUGAUCUUGAGCUAGCUGCAGUGGUUUUUGCUUUAAAAAUAUGGCGGCAUUAUUUGUACGGAACUACUUGUGAAGUUUACACCGAUCACAAGAACCUCAAGUAUUUCUUCACCCAAAAGGAGCUAAAUAUGUGGCAGAGACAGUGGUUGGAGCUCAUUAAAGACUAUGACCUACAAAUCCAUUACCAUCCCGGUAAAGCUAACACGGUGGCAGAUGCCUUUAGCCGAAAGGGUGCAAGGAAUUUAGCGAGUUUACUCACGGGGCAAAAGGAGUUAUUACAUGAUUUGGAAAGAAUAAAUGUGGGAAUUGUGUUGCAUGGCCAAAAUGCGAUAGUAGCAGCGGUAUCAGCUCAACCGACAUUUAUGGAAAAAAUCAAGCAACGGCAACUAGAAGAUGAAUUCCUACAGAAAAUUUGUGAUGAAAUGGAAACAAGGCCAAAGCCCGGGUUCACGAUUGAGAAUUCAGUACUGAAAUUUCAAGGUAGGUCGUGUGUUCCAAAUGUGCUAGAAAUCAAGAGAAGAAUUAUGGAGGAAACACAUAACUCCAAAUUUGCAAUGCAUCCUGGUAAAAGUGAAGCACCAGAGACCGGCGGGUUUACUUCAACUCCUCCUAAUCCCGGAAUGGAAAUGGGAACAUUUAACCAUGGAUGUUAUUACUAUCAACAAAUUACCUUGGAUGAUAAAUUGAUGUAUGAGGAGAAACCAAUUCAGAUUUUUGAUCAACAGAUGAAGCAAUUACGAAAUAAAGUGGUCCUUAUGGUGAAAGUGGAGUGGCAGGAACAUUAUGGGAAAGAAGCGACUUGGGAGAGAGAAGAGGAUAUGAGACAGCGAAUGAAGAAGAGCAUUGCAGAUUUUGUAGUCCAAUGUUUGUAUUGCCAACAAGUCAAAACUGAACAUCAACAACCCGUUGGUUUAUUACAGCUACUUCCAAUACCGGAAUGGAAAUGGGAGCACAUUACCAUGGACUUCAUCAUGGGAUUGCCUUGCUCUUCUCGAGGUAUGGAUUCUAUUUGGGUUAUUGUUGAUCGUCUAACUAAAUCUCCUCACUUUUUACCUGUCAAAUCUUUGUAUAAUGCGGAUAAGUUGGCUAAUUUGUAUGUCAAUGAGAUUGUAAAAUUACACAGAAUUCUAUUGUCCAUAGUGUCUAACAGAGAUCCCAAGUUUACUUCAAGAUUCUGGCAGAGUUUGCAACAGGCCUUUAGGACUGAAUUGAGAUUAAGUAGUACUUAUCACCCACAGACAGAUGGCCAAUCAGAACGGACCAUUCAAACAUUGUAG